UGUGGCGAGGGUCGACCUUCCGCCGUAAAGCGUAUGGGCCAUGGCCACCUCGGCGUCUUCCUCUGCGUCCUCGGCGGCCGGCGGUGGGGGAGUUGGAGUUGGCGGCUUCGGCGUGUCCGAGCUGUCGCCGCCGCGGAAGGUUCUCUUCACCUCGCCCAAGGGAGCGGGCGAGCUGCUGGAGGAUGCCACAGAGAGGUUCCUGUGUGAAGCGGUUUUCAGCUAUCAGGUGGCUCACACAUUACGGCAGGUCAAACGAGAGCAACAGUGCUCACGGAUGGAGAAGCUGGCCGGUUUGGUUGAAGAAUUGGAGGCAGAUGAAUGGCGCUACAAACCGAUUGAACAGUUGCUGGGAUUUACACCUUCCUCUGGAUGAGAUGAAACAUUGAGUUGCAAUGAAAGCUUUAUGCUUCUCAGCAAGUUAAAACUAUGGGACAAAUAGACAAAAAUUAACCCUGUAAAAAAUGUACACAAGCGUUUUUAAUGUUGUUUUUAUUAGACAUACUGUACAUGGAAUUCUGUGCUCGAGAUUUAUUUGAAAUGGUCUUUUUCAUGUCACAUGGUACACUAAGUGAAUACAUUCUGGUUUUACUUUUACAGAUUAAUUUCCUGAGCUAAAUAGUAAAUUCUGAUGUCUGUUUUAAACUCAACACGAGAUACUGUAGUGAAGGUAGUGCGGCACUGUGGCGUUGCAGUAGAGCUAUUGCCUUGCAGCGCCGGAGACCCGGGAUCGAUCCUGACGACGGGUGCUGUCUGUACGGAGUUUGUACAUUUCGCCUGUGCCCUGCAUGGGUUUUCUCCGAGUUCUUCGGUUUCCUCCCUCACUCCAAAGACGUAUAGGUUUGUAGAUAAAAUGGCUUGGUGUAAAUGUAAAUUGCCCCUAGUAUGUGCAGAUUAGUGUUAAUGUGUGGGGAUUGCUGGUCGGUACGGACUGAGUGGGCCGAAAGGCCUGUUUCCGCGCUGUACCUCUAAACUAAACUAAAGCACACAGUCUGGGUUUGCAUCCUGGUAGGUUACAAAGGAAACCCAGCUUUUAAAUAAGGCAGUUUAGACUCUGAACUCUCCCAGUAACUACAGAAUAGUCACUGCAACCUACAGAUGCUGCAGUCUUGAGCAUAUCACAAAGUGCUGCGCUAACUCAGAGGAUCAGGAAGCAUCUGUGGAGGGAAUAGAUAGGCGGCGUUUUGGAUUGAGACCCUUUCGAGUGUUGGACAGGCUCAAGGGACUGAAUGUUAUAGAUGUGGGCAAAUUAAUGCAGAGACGAGGGCAAUUGUCACGGUACAGAUUUAUUUCUAUAGAAGAGCAAAAUAAGUUACAACUGAUUUCAGCCCCCGCAUAAAGUACAAUGUAUAUACAACUAUAAAUAAUUUCCAAAUCAUUAAUUUAACACAUUUGUUGAUUUGUUCCAUUAGAAGUGACUAGUGCACAUGUACAAACUUGGUUCAUGCGUAGUCAUAUCUCUUCUCUUGGUUGACUCAGUCUCUGACCAAAUCCACUGUAUUGUAGUUUACACAGCAGGGUGCUGUCCAAGAGAUCUCGGGGCCUCUUGAUCCAGUUCAUGUGAAACAGUUCAGUAUUUGGGAGCUCCUAGGCUGUGAGUAUUUUCAGCAGUGUUGCUGGCUAAUCAAAAUCCAGUGUUAAGACAAAUUUCAAAAGUUUUUUUUUAGUAAUCGUCUCUAUCGCUAAAUUAAGUGAAAAGACAAAAAAGGAACAGAGAUAAUUUGAAAACAGAACAGCAUUCAUUCCACAAAUCCAGAUUACUUAUAUCGUUCAAACUUUCUAAACAAACUGUUAUUUCAAUUCAAUCCUUUAAAUAUCUUUGAAGAUGCCUUUUCCUUAUUCUAUCAGUCCUUCUAUAAUCAAGAUAAGCAGAAUACGUGUUACAAUAAUUUGAUCCAAACAUUAAAUUGCAGACAAAGAAAGUUUCCCCAUGGAUGCUGCCUUACCCGCUGAAUACUUCCAGUAUUUUCCUUUUUUUGUUUUGGGUAAUCUCACGAGCUUGUUUUUGAGUCUUUUCAAUGUAUUACUGUGUUUCUCAUAGCGGAUACCUUAGCAGAUGUAGUAAAUGAAUAAUGGUGCAUAUUGUACAUACCUGGUCUCUGGUUAUUAUUGUGGUAGACUCCAUCCUAUCCAUGUAGUGAUGCCUGAACUUCUGAUAGUCUGGUACAGCUUGGUGUGCUCAUUUUCUGGGCUUUCUGGUAAAGAUCGACGUCUCCAAAAUAUCGGGCACGGUACAACAAUCCCUCUUCUAUAGAAAAAUAAGUUUUCUUAGUCCAUUCAUGUUUCCUAAAAUCCAUUGUAAUUUUUUAAUAAGAAAUUAGGAAGAACUCAAAAUAUACUUCCAUUCAUUUAAUGAGAUCACAAUAUAUUAAAGUGCUGAAAUUAUA